AGAGGAAGAGACGCAGCCGGAAACGUGCAGCUGUCACUUUCAUAACAACAGCUCGUCUCUUUGAAUGGGACGUGAUUGUUUGUGGAGUCAUUUCAUUCAUCCUCAUUUUGUGAUCUCUGUGUGAGUGGACGUCAUGGAGCCUCCAGAGUCAGAGGUCGCUGCUGCUCAGGACCCGGAGCAGAGUCCUAAACCCGAGCUCUCUGCAGCGAUGCGGGCUAAAAUCGAGAGGAACCGGCAGAGAGCUCUGAUGCUCCGGCAAGCCCGACUAGCGAGCCGCCCUUUGUCCGCGGUGGAGGGCGCAACCUCGGCCAAAGUCUCCAAGACCAUCGACUCCGGAGCCGGCUUCUUCAUCGAGGAGGAGGGGGACGGAGAGGAAGAGCACAAGACCAGGAAGGUGGUGCAUCAGCCAGCUCCAGUAAUUGAACCAGACUACCUGGUGUGUGAUGACUGUCAAAAACCCUUUAUGGACUCCUACCUCAGUAACAGCUUUGACCUGACUGUGUGUGACAAGUGCAGAGACAACGAGGAGAAGCACAAACUGAUCUCCAGAACUGAGGCCAAGCAGCACUACCUGCUGAAGGACUGUGACCUGGACAAGCGAGAGCCUCCGCUCAGGUUUAUACUGAAGAAGAACCCUCACAACUCAACCUGGGGGGACAUGAAGCUCUACCUCAAACUACAGGUGGAGAAGAGAUGUAUGGAGGUGUGGGGUUCGGAGGAGGCUCUGGAGGAGGCCCGGGAAACGAGAGAAGAGAACAGAGAGGUGCAGAAACAAAGACGCUUCAACAAGAAGGUCAAAGAGCUGCGUCGGGCGGUGAGGAGCAGCAUGUGGACCAAAGACACCAGCGUGCACCAACACCAGUAUGGACCAGAGGAGGUGGUGGAUCCAGAGGAGGACCUCUACAAGAAGAGCUGCACCACCUGCGGACAUGAACUCACCUACGAGAAGAUGUAGACACACACACACACACACACACACACACACACACAGAGACUGUUACAGAUGAUUUUUGGUGCUUUGCGGGGAACCGUUCCUCUCACAAACCACUUCUGCCUCCACUAGUUUAUUUAUUUUUCUUUCUCUUGAAUAAAAUGCUCCAUCCUGAUCACAUGCAAGGGGCCAACAUCACUCUCCUGUUUGACACAUGACUGUCCGGCAGUGAUUUCUAUGUGAAAUGAUUGUUACUCAGUGGUGGUUCUAGCCACCAUAACCAGUCAGAAUACAGUUGAACGCCAAAUUUAUGGAUGGUUUGACCACACAGAGCUGCUUCUGGCCGUGAGAUCUUCUCAGCAGGUACAAGCCUGCCUAGCUCACAAACUACAACUAGUAAACCCACUCCAACAAGGUUAAUUGGCCAAAACUGGCUGAUCCAGAUGUCCUGAAAGAUUUCAGUAACGUGCUUUGAUGUCUUCAUUGUUAUAUCAAGGCUGAAGGCUAAAUCAUUUCUCAUUCUCUGCCUUAUUCACCUGGAGUGAAUUAGGUCAUAAGGCAUAUGUCAUAGUGGCUUAAUAGUCCAUAAUGGACCUCUGCCGAGCUCCAUGUACCCUAACUUCCAAAUGAGGUGUCAACCAUCCCAGGACAAAAGAUGUACUGGUGCAUAGACCAUAGUGUGGUCUGAAGUUGCUGGGAAAUAGUUCAGACAUGUGAUAGACUAUUUUAGAUGCUUUCUCUGAAUGAAUGUUCAGUUUCAGCUGUAAAGAAAUAGGCUCAUUGUCCUGAUAUUCAUGUGGAGAAGAUAAAGAAGUGCUGUUUGCUCAGGAGAUAUUUUGAUGAUUUCACAAUAUAUA